CAUGAGAGACUGGGAGAGAGGAAGGAGAGGGGUGGAGGAGAGGAGAGAGAGGGGGAGGGGGAGAGGGAGAGAGAGGGAGAGAGGGGGAGGGGGGAGAGGGAGAGAGGGGGAGGGGGGAGAGGGAGAGAGGGGGAGGGGGGAGAGGAGAGAGGGGGGAGAGGGGGAGAGGAGAGUGGGGAGGGAGGAGAGGAGAGUGGGGAGAGGAGAGAGGGAGGAGAGAAGAGAAGAGUGGUGAAGGGGGAGAUUGGAGGAGAGAGGAGACAGGAGAGAAAGAGAGAGAAUAUAAAAUAAAAGAAGAGUGGGGAAAGGGAGAGAUUAGAGGAGAGGAGGAGGUAGAGAGGAAAGUGAGGCAGGCCAAGUCUUACUGAACACAAGCCAUGUCUGGGUGGUUUUCCUGCAGGAUUGGGGCUUUGAUAUGUUGUCAAGUCCUCAGACGGAGGUUGACAGCGGUUUCAGGCAGUGGUCAGAGCUUUGAUUUAGACUGCUGGACCUUAGACAGAGACUGUGUUUCUCUUUGCUAGAUUGGGGUUUUUGAUAUUUACUAUGUGUCUUGGACUGAAGCGUUGUGUGAAUUCUCUGAAAUUGAGGUUUAUUCUCAAGAGUUAUUCUGUGAAGCAUAAAAAAUAUACAGCUCUGGAAAAAAUUAAGAGACCACUGCAAAAUUAUCAGUUUCUCUGGUUUUACUAUUUAUAGGUAUGUGUUUGGGUAAAAAUAACAUUUUUGUUUUAUUCUAUAAACUACUGACAACAUUUCUCCCAAAUUCCAAAUAAAAAUAUUGUCAUUUAGAGCAUUUAUUUGCAGAAAAUGACAACUGGUCAAAAUAAGUUCAUGUUCAUUUUUAAACAACACAAUACUAAUGUUUUAACUUAGGAAGAGUUCAGAAAUCAAUAUUUGGUGGAAUAACCCUGAUUUUCAAUCACAGCUUUCAUGAGUCUUGGCAUGCUCUCCACCAGUCUUUCACAUUAAUGUUGGGUGACUUUAUGCCACCCCUGGCACAUAAAUUCAAGCAGCUCGGCUUUGUUUGAUGGCUUGUGACCAUCCAUCUUCCUCUUGAUCACAUUCCAGAAGUUUUCAAUGGGGUUCAGGUCUGGAGAUUGGGCUGGUCAUGACAGGGUCUUGAUCUGGUGGUUCUCCAUCCACACCUUGAUUGACCUGGCUGUGUGGCAUGGCGCAUUGUCCUGCUGGAAAAAACAAUCCUCAGAGUUGGGGAACAAUGUCAGAGCAAAAGGAAGCAGGUUUUCUUCCAGGACAACCUUGUACGUGGCUUGAUUCAUGCGUCCUUCACAAAGACAAAUCUGCCCAAUUCCAGCCUUGCUGAAGCACCCCCAGAUCAUCACAGAUCCUCCACCAAAUUUCACAGUUGGUUUGAGACGCUGUGGCUUGUAGGCCUCUCCAGGUCCCCGUCUAACCAUUAGACGACCAGGUGUUGGGCAAAGCUGAAAAUUGGACUCAUCAGAGAAGAUGACCUUACUCCAGCCCUCUACGGUCCAAUCCUUAUGGUCUUUUGCAAACCUCAGCCUCACUCUUCUUUGCUUCUCAUUGAUGAAGGGCUUUUUUCUAGCUUUGCACGACUUCAGCCCUGCCCCUAGGAGCCUGAUUCGAACCGUCCUCGCCGUGCACUUCACCCCAGCUGCCGUUUGCCAUUAUUUUUGUAGGUAACUUGAUGUCAUCCUACAGUUGUUGAGUGACAUUCGAAUGAGUUGGUGGUCACCCCGGUCAGUAGAGAGUCGUUUUCGCCCUCUGCCGGUCUGUAGCUUUGUUGUCCCCAAUGUCUGCUGCUUGACCUUGUUCUUAUGAACCGCCGUCUUUUUAAUUUUAAGGAUGGAAGCAACCUGACGCUCACUGUAUCCCUCUGCCUGUAAAGCCAGAAUUGAACCCUUCUUUUCCUCACUCAAAACUUUCCUUUUGAACUCUUUUGGCAUGGUCAAUAGUAUUUUUUUAUUAAAAUUACUUUUGAGGUACUAUUAGCACUGUUUUUACCAUCCAGCUGGUCCUAUUGCAAGAGGAUAGUGAUGACCACAGCAGUGAUUUUUAUACUUUUCCUCAUUAAAUAAGAUUUGGUUCAGGUGUUCACCUAAUCAGUACCUAUUUCAGUAGAAUGAGGUGUGCCUGUGUUGGAAUUCAACAGACACUGGAAUGGAAUGGCUGUCAUACAUGUAGAGAUGCUGAUUUUAAGGAAAAAUGUGCAGUGGUCCCCCUGCUCAAGCCAGCGCAUGUCCAUGCCUGUCUGAAGUUUGCCAAUGACCAUCUGGAUGAUCCAGAGGAGGAAUGGGAGAAGGUCAUGUGGUCUGAUGAGACAAAAAUAUAGCUUUUUGGCCUAAACUCCACUCGCCGUGUUUGGAGGAAGAAGAAGGAUGAGUACAACCCCAAGAACACCAUCCCAACCGUGAAGCAUGGAGGUGGAAACAUCAUUCUUUGGGGAUGCUUUUCUGCAAAGGGGACAGGACGACUGCACCGUAUUGAGGGGAGGAUGGAUGGGGCCAUGUAUCGCGAGAUCUUGGCCAACAACCUUCCCUCAGUAAGAGCAUUGAAGAUGGGUCAUGGCUGGGUCUUCCAGCAUGACAACGACCCGAAACACACAGCCAGGGCAACUAAGGAGUGGCUCCGUAAGAAGCAUCUCAAGGUCCUGGAGUGGCCUAGCCAGUCUCCAGACCUGAACCCAAUAGAAAAUCUUUGGAGGGAGCUGAACGUCCGUAUUGCCCAGCGACAGCCCCGAAACCUGAAGGAUCUGGAGAAGGUUUGUAUGGAGGAGUGGGCCAAAAUCCCUGCUGAAAGUGUGUGCAAACCUGGUCAGACCUACAGGAAACGUAUGAUAUCGGGUAUUGCAAACAAAGUUUUCUGUACCAAAUAUUAAGUUCUGCUUUUCUGAUGUAUAAAAUACUUAUGUCAUGCAAUAAAAUGGAAAUUAUUACUUAAAAAUCAUACAAUGUGAUUUUCUGGUUUUUUGUUUUAGAUUCCGUCUCUAAACAGUUGAAGUUACCUAUGAUAAAAAAUACAGACCUCUACAUGCUUUGUAAGUAGGGAAAACCUGCAAAAUCAGCAGUGUAUCAAAUACUUGUUUCCCCACUGUAUAUAUACAGUGGGGAAAAAAAGUAUUUAGUCAGCCACCAAUUGUGCAUGUUCUCCCACUUAAAAAGAGAGAGGGCCUGUAAUUUUCAUCAUAGGUACACGUCAACUAUGACAGACAAAAUGGAGGAAAGAAAAUCCAGAAAAUCACAUUGUAGGAUUUUUUAUGAAUUUAUAUGCAAAUUAUGGUGGAAAAUAUGUAUUUGGUCAAUAACAAAAGUUUCUCAAUACUUUGUUAUCUACCCUUUGUUGGCAAUGACAAAGGUCAAACGUUUUCUGUAAGUCUUCACAAGGUUUUCACACACUGUUGCUGGUAUUUUGGCCCAUUCCCCCAUGCAGAUCUCCUCUAGAGCAGUGAUGUUUUGGGGCUGUCGCUGGGCAACACGGACUUUCAACUCCCUCCAAAGAUUUUCUAUGGGGUUGAGAUCUGGAGACUGGCUAGGCCACUACAGGACCUUGAAAUGCUUCUUACGAAGCCACUCCUUCGUUGCCCGGGCGGUGUGUUUGGGAUCAUUGUCAUGCUGAAAGACCCAGCCACGUUUCAUCUUCAAUGCCCUUGCUGAUGGAAGGAGGUUUUCACUCAAAAUCACAUGAUACAUGGCCCCAUUCAUUCUUUCCUUUACACGGAUCAGUCGUCCUGGUCCCUUUGCAGAAAAACAGCCCCAAAGCUUGAUGUUUCCACCCCCAUGCUUCACAGUAGGUAUGGUGUUCUUUGGAUGCAACUCAUCAUUCUUUGUCCUCCAAACACGACAAGUUCUAUUUUGGUUUCAUCUGACCAUAUGACAUAUGACAUUCUCCCAAUCCUCUUCUGGAUCAUCCAAAUGCACUCUAGCAAACUUCAGACGGGCCUGGACAUGUACUGGCUUAAGCAGGUGGACACGUCUGUCACUGCAGGAUUUGAGUCCCUGGCGGCGUAGUGUGUUACUGAUGGUAGGCUUUGUUACUUUGGUCCCAGCUCUCUGCAGGUCAUUCACUAGGUCCCCCCGUGUGGUUCUGGGAUUUUUGCUCACCGUUCUUGUGAUCAUUUUGACCCCACGGGGUGAGAUCUUGCGUGGAGCCCCAGAUCGAGGGAGAUUAUCAGUGGUCUUGUAUGUCUUCCAUUUCCUAAUAAUUGCUCCCACAGUUGAUUUCUUCAAACCAAGCUGCUUACCUAUUGCAGAUUCAGUCUUCCCAGCUGUGCAGGUCUAAUUUUGUUUCUGUGUCCUUGACACUUUGGUCUGACAUAGUAGAGUUUGAGACUGUUUGAGGAUUUGGACGGUUUCUUUAUAUGAUAACAAGUUCACAUCCAUUACAUACAGUGAACGAGUGAGACAGCCUCUUAAAGAAGUUAAGGUCUGUGAGGCCAGAAUCUUGCUCGUUUGUAGUGACCAAAUACUUAUUUUCCACAUAAUUUGCAAAUAAAUCAAAAAAUCCUAAUGUGAUUUUCUCUGAUUUUAUUUCUCAUUUGUCGUCAUACUGUAUAUGAUGAAAUUACAGCUCUCCAUCUUUUUAAGUGGGAUUACCAUUCGUGACUAAAACUUUUUCCCAUGUAUGUACUCUGACAUUUAACUCUAAGCAUUUCUCUGACGAAGUUUUGAGGAACACUCAAAACCUCAAACUGGAUCCAAGCAUUGAUAUUAAUCAAUACGCAAGCCCCUCUGUUGCAUCUGUUGAAUGAAUCGGCGUCGUAGAUAGAUUGUCGCUGAUUUGAGUUAAAUGUGCUUUCUCUGGAACCCAACCUUGAUAAACAAACACAUUCCUCCAACAAUGCUCACAGUUGUCUUUUUCAUUCCAGCUUCAACCCGAUCAACUAAAGACAAGUGCGUUUUUUCUCAGAAUUGUGUUUGUGUGUUUUUAUGUUCGCGUAUACUUCUGUGUGUGUUUGUGUGUGUGGUUGGCUCUGACACACACAUCACAUUGUAGACAGGAGCUGUGCCAGACAGAGAUUAGAAAAAGACACACUGGGACAUGAAGAGAGAGGAGGCGGGAAGCAAGCGUCCGACUAGCGGCUGGCUGCUGAUGUUAAUAACUUGUCGGUUUCCCUAUUUCCUCCCUUUGUAGCAGCUGUACGCCGCCCAGCUGGCCAGCAUGCAGAUCUCACCCGGAGCCAAAAUGGGCUCCCUGCUGCAGCCUCCCAACUCCUCAGGCCCCCUCUCGCCCUCUGCCUUGAAGAGUAAGAAGAGAGCAUUGAGUCCUGUCACUCACAUUAAGGUGAGCCAUCCCUUUAUGCUUGACAUUGUGCGUUUUGUUUUGGGCCUUGGUUAUCUAUGAAUCACUGACUGAAGCAAUGAUUCAAGUGAAAGGGAAUGAACAUGUAUGCGCUCACACAGAGACACACACAGAGUCAUUGGCACUGGCUGCUGUUUGGCAUGGGCUCAGACAUCUUCACUGGAGUGAGCUCGAGAGCAUACUCAUGAUCUUGACUCGACGAGGCAAUAAUGGGAGCCAUGUGUCUAUGUGGGGUCGCUGCAACCAGCAUUACAAUAGACCAGUGUCAGAACUCACCGCAGCUCUACAGUAGUACUCUGGCCUUGGAACUUCCACCCUUCUCUAACCCCUUUCCACUCUCGCUACCCAUCACACUGGCAUCCCACCCAUCCCCCAGCCUCCCAAAUCACGUUCCUUCUCCUCUCCUCAAGACCGGUUCCAAAUUAAAUCCAUGUUUGUUAGUGUACCCUUCACCACACAAGAGGCCCAGUCAGGCGGUGUUGACAUGCUUACUUCUUUUCCAGUUGUUAUCCCCUUCCAGGGAUUUCUCACAAACUCAAUGUGAGGCGAUAUGGUCAUGAACCUUUGAUUAAGAAAGUGAGGAGGAGACGCCACAACAAAAGUCCCAUUGGCUUUUUUUCAACAGAACUGGAUGAUGAGAUAGUUAAGGACUUAGACGUUUCAAUUUGAGCGCUGGAGUGGUGAACAGUACAGAGCCCUGUAUUUUGGAUCGGAAUGAUCAAAUGUAUUUAUAAAUGGCCACAACCUGAGAGGGGGGAUAAUUGAGUAAAGACCUGAUCGGGUAGCAAUCUGAGGUUCAAAGCAUAGCUGUGUAGCUUUAUUUUUCCUUCCUCUGAAUAAUGUGCGGUCCCAACACAGUGCCCUGGGGAACACCACAAAAGGCUUAAAGCACUCUCGCACUCUCAAACACAUUAUACACACUCUCCAACCAACAACCAAGUUUUUCACCAGGUCUUCACUUAAAGCAGUUUGUUAUAAUUCCUUCAUAACACCGUCAAAAUAUUUGUGUUUGCCCAUGUAACAGGUCCAUGGUGUGUUUUCAGCCUUCGCCACUCUUUCUUCUAUCUUCCCCAGGAGGAAGGAUCGACGCAGCCCCUGAAUCUCUCAGCCCGACCCAAGACUAGCGAGCCCCACCACUCCCCAUCCUCGCCGUCACACAGCCUGUACCCUGGCAACAAGAGCAGGCCCAUCAGCCUGGGGAAGGGGCGCAUCCCCAGCCCCCUCUCCAACAUGGGCAGGGGCUCACUGGGUGGGUACAGUGAACACACACACACACAUGCAUGCGCAAACACUCACAUUAGGUACACAUGUAAAUGCACACAAACACCUUCACACUGCAUAAAAACAAUCCAAGCAUCCUCCGCCAGUUCGAGUCAUGAGAUUUCAACCCCAAAGGAGACCUUCCUCACAUCAUUGUCUGCCCUGUAACAUAAACAUUUAUGCUCUACCUCUGCUAUCUGUGAUUAAGCCCAAUCUAAAGCCUCUCAUUACGGUGAAACAAUUUUGCUAGCUCCUCUAGAGAGGCUUUGAGGACGCGCCACUUCACUUGUGUUCCUUCCUAUGUGCUAUUUCUCGCCUUUUAAUUUUUUUUUAUUUACAUAGAAGCUUCAAAAACAUACUGGAAUUGUGGGUGCUUGUAGAGAAACUGCAAUUGGAAAAAAUAUAAUGUCCAGAGGAGUCUUUCAUUUUCUAACCCCAAAUAAACCCCUAGCCUCUACCACCUAGGCACAUGUGUAGAUCUGAAAGAGCUGGAUAUGUAAACACAAUAUGGUAACAGCUCCACCUCGCCUUCUGAUAGUCUAGGCACAAUUUUUGCUAUAUUGCUUACACUUGUCCGAUCCUCUCAGCUCUACGCAUGUCUAGAGAGUAGGAGCUAGGUGUCCAUUUGGAAUCAGACGUUCGUCUAGAUUUUUUCCAUUGAGGUCACGUACAGCAAUGAUGCCGAUUGGUCUGCCGCUGUGUCCGUCACAAUCAGAUACUGACGGGGUCAAUGCUUCCCGCCCACAGACAUCCUGUCCAGCCUGAACUCCACAGCACUGUUUGGGGACCAGGAUGCAGUGAUGAACGCCAUCCAGGAGGCGAGGAACAUGAGGGAGCAGAUUCAGAGAGAACAGCUUCAUCACCAGCAGCACAGCCUGGAAGCCAAGCUCACGGCCCUGAGCGGCAUUAGCUUCAGCAAUGGCAGCAAGGUUAGUCACGACACAGAUAAAGACACACACACAAGCACACACACUAGCUACUAUCUAAUUAGCACUAUUAUCCUCGGUUUGGCUCACAAUGCAGACAGAUGCCUGAACAAUGUACACUUGUCUUCUUACAUACUCUACUAUAAAUUCAUUCUCAGAUUGACACAGGGCAAGCACAAUUCUGUCAUUCUGUCACUUUCUCCUCUCAUGCAUGUACUGUAAAGGGAAAUAAUGUUGUCUGCCUUUUGCCCUGGAACCCUGGCCAGUGCUCUUGAGAUCCUCUCUUCCUUCUUGUCCACAUGGCCACCCAGAAGCCAACUGCUUUGAACAGCCGGCAACUGGGCCGUGUGUGUCUCUGUCUUUGUGUGGGUGUGUGCAUGUGUGUGUGCGCGUGUGCAUGUCUGAGUGUGUGUAUGUGUGUGAAGCAGGGGGGGUGGGCGUUGAGUCCAGCAGUUCCUCUUCUCUUGCCAUUUGGGGAUUUCUGCCUCGGAGGUCUGUACCCAAUUAGAACCUCAGUCUGGGCAGAGGGCAUUCAACCCCCCCCCCCCCCCCCAUGUAAAAAAAUAUCUUCCAAAUAUCAAUCAGAUCCGUCAAUCAUGGAUAGGAGCAAGGGAAAAUACAUUUUGAAAAGAAGAAAUUAUCCUGCCAUCUUCCGAAGGGAUUGAUUGAUCCCAAUGUUGGCAGGGAGGAAGGAGGAAAGCAAAGAUAAAUAAUUAAUAUUUUAGCAAUGGAUACUUUGAACCCCUUCAGCCACAGCCCCAACUAGGUCAAGCUUACUGUACAUAUUAAACACAACCUACUAGGAUAUCUGUUUUUGAUUGGGAGUUGUUUGUUUAGCUUAAAGUGGUAAAAUAUGCUGCUAUUUAUCAGUGUUUUUAUAGAUGGGUUUACAUGAUCCUAAUCGAAACGUCUAAAUGUGUCAAUUAUCUUAAAGGUCCAAUGCAGCCAUUUUCAUCUCAAUAUCAAAUCAUUUCUGGGUAACAAUUAAGUACCUUAAUGAUUGUUUUCAAUUAAAAUGGUCAAAAAGAAAAAAAGAAUGCUUAGCAAAGAGCAGUUUCUCAAGCAAGAAUUUUGCUAUGACUGUCUGGGACUGGUCUGAGUGGGAAGGGGAAAACUGAAUCUAGCUCUUAUUGGCAGAGAGGUUUGGAACUCUCUUUCUUAUUGGUCUAUAAAUUAUGGUAUAUUAUUGGUCACCAGGCAGGCCAAAACUCCAUCCCACCAAAACAGGCUGAAAUUUCAUUUUUCAGUCAUUUAGCAGACACUCUUAUCCAGAGCAAUUAGGGUUAAGUGCCUUGCUUAAGGGCACAUCGACAGAUUUUUCACCUAGUCGGCUCGGGGAUUAGAACCAGCGACCUUUCGGUUACUGGCACAACACUCUUACCCACUAAGGUACCUGCCACCCGCAGGUUGUCUUUUCAAACAGCUCUUACACUAAAAGGGCAUUAUCAUAAUUUUUACAAUUUCACAGUUUUAUUCCAACCUCAUAGUGUGGAAAUAUAUAUAAAACACAAGAAAAUCACAUUUUUGACUGCACUGGGCCUUUAAAUGAUCAAAUGAAGCUUGGUUUAUUGUGAACAACAGGUUUUUAGGUGAGUUUCUUGUGCAUUUCUCUGUUCCGCUCUCACAUGUACCAAUACUAUAUUUUCUGGCUUUAUAAGAACAAACCGAGAGAUGCAGCAAUUUACUUUAUGGCUCCAUUCCUCCUAAUAAAAUGCUCAUUUGGAAUCCCUCAAAGUAAUUGUUUCCGGUUCUAAAACACGGCAGGCCAGUGUUUGUAGUUCAGUGUUAUUCGUUACCUAACAACGGUUCCUCAAGCUUUCUUUUCUUAGCUUUAAAUGUAUCCUUUUUCUGUAAAAAGGGAGCAUUUUUUAGCCACUCAUAGGACUGUAUCUGUCUUAGUCAAUUCAUGACUCACCUCCUCCAUUCUGCAAAAUUGUACCACUGUACAAUUAAAUGGAGAUGAUCCACUUCUGUAUUUGAGUCUGAGCAUCAAGCUUUCUCGAAAAGCAUUUUUCUAGCAAUAUUUGUUGCAAUUUUGGGGACAUUUUAUAGACAUUCUUUAGAUAUACAUUAGAUUAGACAGUAUGAAACUACUGAAACACGUGAUCCACCUCCGAUCUCAGCUAUAAGAGAUUGAGUGAGGUAUCCACACAGAUGAAUGUGUUCUUAUACUACACCUUGGGUUGGAGAGAGUGUGUGGUAUAACUGUAUAUGGAGCAAUGCUGAUGGUGUAUGUGUCUGUAUGCAUGCAUGUGCUGGCCUUCUCCUUAGUCAUCGUUCAAUUUAAGCACAGUUCCCUUCUCUAUACGUUCUACUACUGAAAGUGAUCCAGGUCUCCUCUUUCUGUUGCUGUUUGACUUUGGCUCCAGUUUUGUGUCCUGGCAGUGGGCUGGCCUUAGCCAUGCUAAUGUCAUUAUAGCUCCUCUUGCGCACAGACGCUAGCUAUGUCCAGCAAGUGGCAUUGUGGAGUAUCACGUUACGCUUAUGCUGCCAAGCAAGCACACUGAAAUAGCCACUGAGUGUAAGUGCGUGGGUGUGAAAGAGAAAGUGUUUGUGUGUGGAGUAAGUUUAGGCCAGUUUUGAGCAAGCGAGCUGCCCUUGAAUAGAGCAUUAGUGCGUCCUACUCAGGAGAGGACUAGUACUUUAUUUGAACGCCCCUGUCACUAAGCCCACUUAACUCUGUCGGUAGUUGACAUCAGCUGUCAGGACUACUCAAGUACGUUACACCAGCUCUUUUGUGUGCCACACUACAGGGAAAGGAGGGACAGUUGAGGAGAACAUUAGAAUGUGGAUGACUUGAGUCAAGUCAGGCCAGUCACCACACAGCAGUCUCUUUUGUCUGUAGUGCUAUUCACAGGGUGUUAUGGUGCGCAUUGUCAUUGGUUGUAUGCGUCUAAUAGUUUUUGCGCUAAAUCAUGUAUAAGUACUUUUGCGUUAGCGUUGAUGUCCAAAUUCAAGGCCUAUAGAUACAGUGCCCGCCGUAAUUAUUUGGACAGUGACACAUUUUUAGUUUUUUUGGCUCUCUACUCCAGCACUUUGGAUUUGAAAUGAUACAAUGACAAUGAGGUUAAAGUGCAUUUAUAUUGGGUACGAAAUAAUCUGAAACAUAACCAAAACAAACAGCAAAUGCAUCAAACACGUUUGUAGAGUCACAAGCUUGAUGUAAUCAUUUCGUGUUAGGAAUAUGGGACCAAAUACUAAACUUUUGACUACUUUAAAAUAUGCAUCAAGUGAAUUUGUCCCAAUACGUUUGGCCCCCUAAAAUGGGGGGACUAUAUGCAAAAAGUGCUGUAAUUUCUAAACGAUUCACCCGAUAUGGACGAAAAUACCCUUGAAUUAAAGCUGCCAGUCUGCACCUUAACCUAAUAGUCAUUGUAUCAUUUCAAAUCCAAAGUGCUGGAGUAUAGAGCCAAAACAACAACAAAAUUGUCACUGUCCCACUAUAUUUAUACAACACUAUGUAUACUAUUUUAGAAAUAGGGUAGGCGUAAGCUCCUUCAGUUUCAAUGGGCAACAGGGCAAGGCGUCUGUAUUGAGAGAUGACAGGCAGAGUGAAAGAAGGUCGGAAGGAGGGAGAGGAGGAGUAGGAGGGAGGGUAGAGGGACUUCACUGCUCCUUCAGUUUCAAUGUACAACAGGGCAAGGCGUCUGUAUUGAAAGAUGACAGGCAGAGGAAAGGACGGAGGGAAGGAGGAGUGAGGGAUUUCACUGCUCCUGGAGGAGGCAGUAAACAUUUGUGGGUCGGUUAGAGCAGGGUUUGCCUGUACGCGUCGCCGCGGUAAUGAGCUCAAAACGACGCUGAUAAAACUGCUCGGCCGGCGCAGUGUUUAUAGGGCUGCCAUAGCAAUCCGUUGAAACGUGUGCCCAGUCAACGAGUGCAGGAGAGCCUAGGCAAUAGAGGAGCUCUGUGUGUCUCUUUAAGUUCCGAUAUAGAUCGAGUUGAAUUUUGGACAAGCCUCAGUCCCGUAAAGUAACAAUAUAUAACGUUAUUUUAUAGCUUUGAACAAUGUAGCUAAUGUCGAUUAUUCGUCAUUGUUGUAAUUUACGAGCGACCACAUUGGACUUUUGACUUUAGGCCUGCUGCCAUACUGAGUCCUGGUACAGAUUAAGUCCUAAAUUACUUUUUGGGGACUUUUUGGUGAGUGCUGAUUUGAUCUUGAGUUAGUCCUGUAGACUGUUUCCUAAUUUUCUGUAAGUAUUAAAAAGUAUUGAAAUGGGCCUCUUCAGUUUCUAUGCAUGCACUGCUCUCAAGUCAUUGUAUCUUUAUUGUCUGUAUAACAAAUAACAAUAACUAGGCUAUAUACAAGGGGUACCGAUACCGAGUCAAUGUGCAGGGGUACAGGUUAGUCGAGGUAAUUGAGGUAAUAUGUACAUGUAGGUAGGGGUAAGGUGACUAUGCAUAGGUAAUAAACAGAGAGUAGCAGCAGCGUAUGUGAAGAGUGUGAAGGAGUGUGUGUGUGUGUGUGUGGCGUCAAUAUGCAUGUGUGUGUGUAUAUGCUUUGUGUGUGUCCACGUGUGUGUUGGAGUGUCAGUGUAGUAUGUGUGAGUGUGUGGUUAGAGUCCAGUGAGUGUACAUCGAGCUUGUGCAAGAGAGUCAGUGCAAAAAAUAAUAAUAAAAUAAGGGGGUCAAUGCAAAUAGUCCAGGUGGCCAUUUGAUUAACUGUUCAGCAGUCUUAUGGCUUGGGGGUAGAAUCUGUUAAGGAGCCUUUUGGUCCCAGACUUGGCGCUCUGGUAUCGCUUGCCAUGUGGUAGCAGAGAAAACAGUCUAUGACUUGGGUGGCUGGAGUCUUUGACAAUUUAUAGGGCCUUCCUUUGACACCGCCUGGUAUAGAGGUCCUGGAUGGCAGGAAGCUCGGCCCCAGUGAUGUACUGGGCCGUACUCACUACCCUCUGUAGCGCCUUGUGGUCGGAUGCCGAGCAGUUGCAAUACUAAGCGGUGAUGCAACCAGUCUGGAUGCUCUUGUUGGUGCAGCUGUAUAACUUUUUGAGGAUCUGAGGUCCCAUGCCAAAUCUUUUCAGCCUCCUGAAGGGGAAUAGGCGUUGUCGGGCCCUCUUCACAACUGUGUUGGUUUGAUUGGACCAUGAUAGGUCCUUAGUGAUGUGGACACCAAGGAACUUGAAGCUCUCAACCUGCUCCACUACAGCCCCGUUGAUGUGAAUUUUCAUGUAAUCUGACAAUAGCACUGGUUUCAAUCCAAGUGCCAAUGCCGUUUAGCAAACUCCAGACAUUUACAUUUGUUGGAUGACAUGAAAAUAUAGCUUUUUGGCCAUACACACCAGUGGUGGGUUUGGCAUUGAAAUUAGAAUGCAUAAGCAGAUAGCUAAGAACCCCAUACCUACUGUAAAAUAUGGUGGUGGAUCUUUGAUGUUAUGGGGCUGUUUUGGUCCUGGGGCCCUUGUUAAGGUCAACGGCAUCAUGAACUUUACCAAGUACCAGGACUUUUAGCCAAAAACCUGGUUGCCUCUGCCUGAAACUUGGCCAGAAGUGGAUCUACCAGCAAGACAACAACCCCAAGCACACAUCAAAAUGCACAAAGAAAUUGUUAAUUGACCACAAAAUCUCAAGACUUGAAUCCCAUUGAAAACCUUUGUUUUGAAUUGAAGCGGGCAGUCCAUACAUGCAGACGAAGGAUAUCAAGGAUCUGAAAAUAUUCUGUAUGGAGGAAUGGUCUAUAAAACAUGUCUGUCACCAGAAAACGGGGAGGAGGAGGAGGAGGAGGAGAAAAGCUGGAUGCGUGGUGAUUGUGGAGGCCCUUGUUUUCCACCACAGUUUGGGAGUGUGGUGGACUCAUUUGAAGGAGCGGGCGGAAGGGUGGGCAGUGCAGGGUAAUCAGAGACAGUAGGCAGGAUGGGUGGGGAGCAUCGAGUCAGAGGCAGCUUACAUGGUAGCGCUGUGCUGGGUAGAUCUCGCGUAUUGUCUUUUCUGUGGCUGUAAAUAAUUUUUGGGGUGCCGUUCUCUGUCUUUCUCUCUCGUUCUCUCUCUCUCACUUUCUCCCGUUCUCGCUCUCGCUCUCUCUCUCUGUCUCUCUCUCUCUCUCUCGCUUUCUCUCUCUGUCUGUCUCUCUCUCUCUCUCUCUCUCACUUUCUCCCGUUCUCUCUCUCUCUGUCUCUCUCUCUCUCUCUCUCUCUCUCUUCAUUUUAUUUUAUUAUUUUACUUAAUUUAUUAUCCUGUUCUCUUCUCUUCUUCUUUCUAUCCUGUCUUUUCUCAAAACCUCCUUUCUAUCUCCCCUAAGCUGGAAUGGUUGUCUUUUGCAACUCUUGCCUCUCGCCGAAAGCAGUGUGUGAGAAAGUAUGACUUGAGUUCGUUACACGAUCAUUAGCACAGACCUCAUCAUAUAGACCCACUCUAAGAUCACAAAGAAGAACAAGACCUUUGAUCCAAAGACGCCCAAAUUACAAUGCAAACAGCUACGCAUUGAAGACUGAAACUUUUGAUGUUUGAUGUGUAUGUUUGCUAAAUUGCUGAAAUUCUUUGAAAUGUGUGUUCUGUGAUGAUUGUGUUAUUCUCUCUGAGCUCUUAUACCACAGCUUUACAGUUAGUUUAAUUGGACUCUUAAUAGCAUUUUCACACUAUUAGGCAGACCCAAACUGUAUAUUUCAUUUCACAUUGUCCUUUCCAGCAUGGUUCCAACAACUAUGAUGCAUGCAUAAACCAGGGCAGCUUUAUACAGCUCGGCUCGGCUCGCUUGGCUUUGCUCCGUAGUGUGAAUCAACCCUUAUUGACCUUUGACCUCUUUGUGUUUUAGGAGCGGAUGCACUUUGAGAGUUUGAGUCAGCACCUGGGAGAGGAUGGAAAGAUCGGCCACAGGGUCAUUGACCUUACCAGACCUGAGGAUGUUCAUGGUGAGUUCCGUCUUUUUUCUUUUUUUCUAUUUUUUCUUUCUUUCUUUCAAAAUGUCUAAAUAAUAUUUUCUUUCUUUGUUUCAAAAUGAAAAAAAUAUAUAUUUCUCCCUUUCUUUCCAUCUUCUUAAAGUUCUACAUACACAACGAUCUCUUUCAGUUCUCCAUACUUUUAUGUAAGUGCAUUCUGUACAGUACAGUAUGUUCUGGUUCAUGUUUAUGACUGUGUGUAUGCUUACCAUCCAUGUUUAUAUGAAUGUGUAUAAGAAUACAUUGCCGUUGUAUGGCUUGGUGCAUAAUAGUAGAAGAACAGAGGAGAAGAGAAGAGAGAGGGUCAGACGGAUAUUUAAAAGACAGGAAAAGAGGUUAGGUUUGAGGUAAAAGUGGGCACAUCCUGCUCAGGCUAAAUGGAUGCUAGUGACCCUUCACUUGGGGCCCUUGGUUAGAUAGCGCCACUUUUUAGGGCCUCUUUCAACUGUGUUCCCUAUGGUAGAGAAACGGACAGAGAGAUAGUCUGCUCUGCACACAGGUAUUCACCAGACCCAAAUAUUUAUUGUGUUCUUCUCGGAAUGCCUUAGUCAAGGCACAAUGUUUUCCAAACCCCUGCCUUGUACUUAUAGGCCCACUCUGUGAUAUUUACAGCUUUUUUCGAUCACUUAAGGCCUCAUGAGAUUAGUUUAUUAACCCCAUCACAGCCCCUGAGCUUUAUACCAAACCAAGUGGCGGGCCCUCCGUUUUGUUUUUCGAAUUAAGGACCUUUAAUACAACACAAUUUUGCAGUGGGCUUCUUACGUCUACGGCGAGAAGUGGUAUUCUAGAUUCUCCCCAUCUUUCCAACCCACUAACACUGUUUGUGUCUCAGACAAUUCCACCCUGCCGAAGUAUGCAAACAGAAGCAAGGCAGUUAAAACGGAAUUGGGUUUUUUAUAUUUUCCGGCUCAGAACCCACCUGUUUUCUAUAAACCCCCAGUGUUUACAGGUUACGGUGGAUUGGGAAGCAUUCAUCACGCUGUAGUUUGAAAUCAGAGCCAUAAACACAGGACCGUAAACAGAGAUGUUAUCUGGCUGAUAAUCAGAGCGUCGUUGACGGCGACCAAACCGAGCGGGUCCAUCCCUAUUUAUGCUCUUCUGUGUAGAGUAGACGCAGGCCCCCCUCAUUUCUGUAACACACAAGUGCACAGACACAUACGCACGCAUGCGUGCACACACACACCACACGCACACAUAUAUUCUUUACCCAUCUCUUGCCUUUCAGUUGUCCCCUCCCUCACUGUCUGGAGGCCAUGCUCUUAGACAUACUGUGCAGUAUAUGUACUAAUGGCUUAAUGGGUUUUUACACGAACGAGUGAGCGAUUGAGUAAGUCAUGAAAUGUCCCUCCCUUCCCACAGGUGUCGCCAGCACUACGGAGGCCCGGGUCUUCAGGGAGACCAGGGGCAGGAACAGUACUGAGCCCCAUAUUAAGAGGCCCAUGAAUGCCUUCAUGGUGUGGGCCAAGGACGAGAGGAGGAAGAUCCUGCAGACCUUCCCCGACAUGCACAAUUCCAAUAUCAGCAAAAUCCUGGGUAAGAUGGCAGAGCUGUGGUCAAGCGGUAACACUCCCUGGCAUGUCGCAUAUAAAACUCCACACCGGAGACCAGGGUUCAAUCCCGGCGUCCAUCCUUCUCACUGUUUCUCCCACAUGCCCGUUUGAUUUCCUUACUGUCUGAAUGAAGUGUCAAAAAUAUAUAUAAAAAAAAAAAUUAUAUGCCCUCCAUAUACCGUGGCCUUGUUAUGGUCAUACAGGGUCUUUCAGUUGCAAAGAUUAAGUGGAUUGAUUUUCCACAGUCAGCAAUUUAGCGGUUUUGAGUGUGAAAACAUUGCAAAUCAUCCCGGAUUGGGACACAGUCAAAUCAAAUUGUAUUUGUCACAUGUGCAGAAUACAACAGGUGUAGACCUUACCGUGCUUUAUAGAGUUAAGAAAAUAUUUACUAAAUAAACUUAAAAUAAAAAGUAACACAAUAACGAGGUACAUUUACAUUACAUUUUAGUCAUUUAGCAGACACUCUUAUCCAGAGCGACUUACAGUUAGUGAGUGCAUACAUUUUUUCAUACUGGUCCCCCGUGGGAAACGAACCCACAACCCUGGCGUUGCAAGCACCAUGCUCUACCAACUGAGCUACACAGGACUGAGUCAAUGUGCGGGGGUACAAGUUAGUCGAGGUAAUUUGUACAUUUAGGUAGGGGUAAAGUGACUAUGCUGUUUAGAUAAUAAACAGCGAGUAGCAGCGGGGGGGUCAUUGUAAAUAGUCCGUGUGGCCAUUUGAUUAAUUGUUCAGCACUCUUAUGGCUUGGGGGUUGAAGCUGUUGAGAAGCCUUUUGGACCUAGACUUGGCGCUCUGGUACUGCUUGCCGUGCGGUAGCAGAGAGAACAGUCUAUGACUUGGGUGACUGGAGUCUUUAACCCCCUCCAAAAAAAUUGGAACGUAAUCUCAGUGUAUGUGGCCUAUGCGGUGACUUAAUCCUAAAUUCUGGUGUUACGAGCACCCACCCUCAAACUGACUGAGCCGUCAGUCACUGAGCCUUCCCCCACUGGUCAGCUCAUACACAGUUCAUAGGGUAAUCCUGAGUAAGAUGGUGUAGGCGUGCAGCUAGGGUGUAGGCGUGCUCUUUUAUAGAGGGCAUAAGGGGUAACUGUGCACACUGUGUGCUUGCUUUCCAUCGCAUGUGCGGCUAUGUCAUGUUUUAAGAGGGUCUCAUUUGAAACAACACUGCCAUAUGAAACAGCAACUGAAAGCGUUACCACUAUCCCCCACGUCCACCUAAACAUUCAAUGAUGUAUUCAAAAUAUUGUAAAUCUACCAAUCAAUCGGUUAAUCUGAUCUUAUUGAAUCAUUCAUAUUAGAAUAAAUAACAUAUCUCCCUCUUACAAAGUUCAGUAUAGAAGUCACACGCACCCAGAGAACUCUCUCUCUCUCUCUCACACACACACAGAGCUCCACUGUGAGACUCUGACUGGGGUGAUGGAGAUGUGCAGUGAAAAGCGCUUCUUGUGUUGAUACUAGCCUUCAGAAAGUAUUCACACCCCUUGACUUUUCCACAUUUUGUUGUGUUACAGCCUGAGUUUAAAAUUGAUUAAAUGGAGAGUUAUUGUCACUGGCCUACACACACAAUAAUACCCCAUAAUGUCAAAGUGGAAUUAUGUUUUUAGACAUUAAUGAAAAAUGAAAAGCUGUAAUGUUUUGAGUCAAUCAGUAUUCAACCCCUUUGUUAUGACAAGCUUAAAUAAGUUGAGGAGUAAAAAUGUGUUUAACAAGUCACAUAAGUUGCAUGGACUCACUCUGUGUGCAAUAAUAGUGUUUUUGCUUGUUUUUGCUGUUCUCCAAAUAGCAUUUUAGAGUUUUAGAAUUGUAAUUAUAAAAAUAAGGUAAAGAAACAGACAACACUUUGUUUUAAGUUAAAGCAGUAGGCCUUUAAUACAUAUUUAUUACAAUCAAACCUUCCGUUUACCUUAUAAUACUUGUUUAUCUGUGUUUCAUUAUUCAAUUUCUUGCGGGGCUUGAUGUAGGUAUUUCAGUUAAUCACUGGACAACAACAUUUCCUUCGUUGGUCGGUUUUUAAAUCAAAAAGUAACAUCACUACAGUAGCAUGUUCACGAGAUUCGUUUCUCCUUGCAACUUCAACAGACAGCCACUGUGUCCACUGCUCUGUGACCCUGAAUGUCAGAUUUUGUGGUAAUUUGAUCAGACUGCUAUCCGGGGUGCUGAAUAUCAGAUAUUGUCAGAUAUUGUCUUGUGCGGCUCCCUCAAAAAAAAAUUUUUUAAUGGAAAAAAUGGCUCUUCCAGUAAUAAAGGUUGUCGACCCCUGCACUAGGCCAAAAUGUUUGCCGUUGAGCAAACGGUGUCAAGUGACUUUACUCGCUAAAUGAAUUGAGGCAAACUGAACGCUGUAUUAAAGAAAUACAAUCUUUGCACUUUGCUCAUCCGUCAUAUACAUAGACCAUUGUUCAAUAUCACUGAAGUUAUCAUUCUAAAACUCUUACCCUACGAGGUCCGGAGCUUGCUGGUUUUCUAAUUAAUUGUACCCACCUGGUGUCACAGGUCUAAAUCAGUCCCUGAUUAGGAGGGCAAAUAUGAAAAAACUCAGUGGAACUGGCUUCGUGGUCCAGAGUUGAGUUUGAGGGUUCUAAAGCAUUGGAUAGCUCAAACCUCAUCACUCAAAGUUGGGGUCAAAUGUAAAGGGUCAGAGGUCACCUAUCACUUCCUCCUAUCCGGCGGAGACUGAACAUUCCGGAUAUUUACCUAGUUAGCGGUUUGUUUGUGGUGACACCAGGGAAACACCAGACCUGAGAGGCGAUCAGGAGACGAUGGAGGGUGUGCUGCCCAAACACAAUAACACAGCUGGAGACGAGGGACACGAUGCAGCCGCGUUAGGCAAAAAAAAAAAAAAAAAAAGGACCUCACUGUUUCCUUAGUUGAAAAAGGAGGGAGUCUCGAUAAACGUUGGUAAACAGAGUCCUGGGUUUACGCUCCAAAUGGCACCCUUUACCCUAAAUAGGGCACUAAAUAGGGAAUAGGGUGUCAUUUGGGACGCAGCCCUGGAUUCCUCUCUGUGUGUGUUCUAGCUGUGGUGUGUGUAUAAUGGGUUGUCAGAAAGCCACGCAGAUGUGCUCCAUUCCUGCGGUGACGGUCCUGUCCACUUGUUCCGUCAGCUGGGUGCUUAUAGGAGAGACAUGAUGAGAACACAAUGUAUCAGGGAUCCUGAAGAGGGACAGAUUCCUGUUUUCAAGCACACUUCAACAGUGUAGAUGCACUAGUAGUCUCUCUCAUAUUACAAGUUCCUACUUGAAGAGAUUUCCUACUAUUAUAAAAUGUAGUGCAGUGGAAGCGCUGUCUCGUAAGGUUCAAUGGCUAAUUGAACCACAUUAUAAGAUAGGGGUGGGAAUUGCCAGGAACCUCACAAUAUAAUAUUAUCACGAUACUUAGGUACCGAUACAAUAUUUAUUGCGAUUCUCACGAUUCUAUAUGUAUUGCGAUUCGAUACUGUGAUUUUAUUGCGAUUUGAUGUUCCAAACAUAUUGCUCACGAUAUGUCUGCUGCAGAGAGACGAGAGAGAGCAGGAGAAAAUUAGUUUUGAUCAGUCAGGGAAAUAAAUGUGUAGAGCAAAUUUUGGCUCAUUAUUUAAAAAGAAAAUUAAAGAACAAGCUAUAGGAUGAAAAAUACCGGAGUUUUGGCGCAGGUACAGCCGACUAGCGCUCAUUAACGCUACCUACAGUAGCAAAAAAUAACUACUUAUUUAUUUUUACAAAUCGAUACUUGGAGUCAAAUAUCGAUAUAAUAUUGUUGAAAAAUUACAUUGCGAUAUGUAACUGUAUCGAUACCCCCCACCCAUACUAUACUUGACAAACUUUGACUCCUAUACACUCUAUGAACACCAACUCCAAUACACUCUACGAACAUCAAUACCCUAAUAGUGUCCUUCAGUGUGUGUGCGCGUGCACGUGUGUGUGCGCGCGAGUAUGUGUGUGCACACAUGAGUGUGUUUGUGUGUGUGUGUGUCCUUACGCUGUAGUUUGGGUUCCAACCCUGACUCUUGCUGUGUGUGUGUCCCGCUAUCCGUGUAUAGGCUCUCGCUGGAAGUCCAUGACCAACCAGGAGAAGCAGCCAUACUACGAGGAACAGGCCCAUCUCAGUAAGAUCCACUUGGAGAAGUACCCCAACUACAAGUACAAGCCCCGGCCCAAGAGGACCUGCAUCAUCGACGGCAAGAAGCUGCGCAUUGGCGAGUACAAGCAGAUGAUGCGCUCGCGGCGCCAGGAGAUGAGGCAGUUCUUCAGUGUGGGGUAAGAAGAGAGAGACACUCUUCUGAUUGACUGUUGUACAGUCUUUAGGCUAACUAGGUUAUCUGUUAGUAUACUUAAAGGGACAUUACACUCCAAAAUCAAAGUUGAUCAAACCUCAAAAGUGGUCUUCUGUUGAGAUAAGUCCAUGUCCCAGGCCAUUUGUUUUGUAAAUUGAGCAUGUCAUUUCCAUAUUUCCAGAACAAAGAGAUAUUUUUUAUUCAUUUGACUAUAGCUGGACAUACACAACCGAUGAUGUGAUACGUGGAUUCAUCUUGACAUUAGACUACUUUUGAGGUCAGAAAACAUCUGACAAACUUUGAUUUUGGAGUAAUACCCUUUAAAGUAACUGGCCAGUGAAAAUCUCACUUUUAAAGGUUCAUGUUCUGUUAACUCAUACCCAAAUAAUGUGGUUGACUCAUCCUAUACUCGUAUUUGUGGCCAAAGCAUUAAUUAGUGAAAAAAACCUUCCAAAACCUCACCUUAAACUUGUAUAUCAAACAGACUGUUUCAAAAAAUGCUUGCUAUUUCCUCAUAUAGCGUGACAUUGCGUUGGCUCAUUGACUGAGCUGGCCAACCAGCCGUUACUUGUCAUGCAUAUUUUUUAUUACCGGUAUACACCCACAUAAUUCUGUUGUUGGGGUACACCCACACCAUUCAAACACAGAAAGACAGAUUUUUAACAUACUUAAUUAAAGUAAAAUUAUUUAACUCAUAUUGUAAAUAAUUAUUGGUCACUUUAAUACUAAGCUAAUAGAGUUAAGCAAACUGAUCAUGGUAUCAACUAUCUCUUAAAAUAUUUUUUCAUGGACGGCUCCCAUUUUCGAAUUGGAAUACUUGAAUCAACUGCUCCUAAUCAUUUUGUUAAGGGAAAGUUGGUAUUUGUACAGUACUGCACCCAGUACUGACUCUGACUAUUUCCCUCAAGCAAUAGUGCUGAAUUUGUAAUCCAAACUACUAGUUUAAAGAUAACAAGGUCUCUUUAUCAUAAGGCUUUUCUCAUCCUCUCAUGUCAAACUGCAGGCAAUGCUGAGAACAAGGCAGUGCCCCAAAAGGCACCUUAUUCCCGAAUUAGUGCACUAGUUUUGACCAAAGCUCUACAGUAUGGGCCCUGGUUAAAAGUAGUGACCUAUAUAGGGAAUAGGGUGCCUUUUAGGAUUCAGCCAAAGCCAGUGGCUUGGUCUUAAUAGAAAACAGGCAUAGAUGUGAUUAAAGUCAUCACGGCAGGCCACGUUUAAAUGGAUUUACCAGGGGCACAGCUUUGAAUUGGAGUGAUUUUUAAUAGUUGUCAUUUAUUAAAUUAGGACAAUGGCAGGCCCUUGCGGGCGGUAGAAAUUAUACUAGCAGAUGUUUGAGAGAGAGAGAGAGAGAGAGUUUAACUCUGUAAUUUAGUGUGUGUGGUCAAGCAAAAGAAAAGCCUGAUUCACCAUAGCGACUGGAGUUUCACUCAGGACUGAAUCAAAUAACUGGGGAGGAGCUAUAAGUUGAGGUAUGACCAAUUUCGACCAGGCUCCGUAUAAUGAAACAGGGUCGUUUUUAAGCAGUUUAAUGUGAAAAUUAGUCUGUCCAUGUUCUCUGCGGUAAUUGUUUCUAGAAGGGGGGAACUGUUAGGUGAGGAAACUGACAUCCAUUUUCUUGGUUUAUGUGCUUCAUUUGAGGAGCCAGAGGGCUUGCUUGAGUGAUAUGCGUUUACCUUCAUUCCAUCCAUUUCUCAAGAGGCUAUUUAGCUGACGUUGACAGGACUACUGUGUGCUGGCAAAAGCUAUGUGUUAAGGUUUGCCCGAAAGACAAGAGUUAGCUACUGUUCAACUUGUUAUAAAUAGCUGUUCAAAAGCAGGCCAGGAAAGAAUGAAUCUGUUUUUCCAAAACACCCUAUCUGUCUCUCUUACACGCUCUCUCACUUACCUUCUCUUGCUACUUCUACUGCACUUCUUAGGGCUCGUGAUCGCGCGAAGUCGGAGAGAGAGGAGCGAGAGAGCGUAGCGAGGGCGAGUAGAUGCGAGAGAGUGGUAGUAGAGCUAGGUGAGGAUCGCGAAUCGCGCGAUCGAUCUAUUAUCUAUCGCUCUCUCGCUCUAUCUCUCUCUCUCUCUCUCUCUCUCUCUCUCUCUCUCUCUCUCUCUCUCUCUCUCUCUCUCUCUCUACCUCAGGCCACAGCCUCAGAUCCCCAUCAGCAACAGUGCAGGCGGCCUCUACCCGGCUGCCAUCACUAUAGCGACAGCCACGCCCUCACCGCACCUGACGUCGGACUGCUCCAGCGCCUCGGCCAGCCCCGAGCCCACCAUCCCCGUCAUCCAGAGCACGUUCGGCGUGGUCAAGCCCAAGCCAGUCGCAAUGGUGACCGGCGACCACCCGGUCAACGGAGAGGAUGAGAUAGACAUGUAUGAAGACUUUGAGGAUAAAUCGGACUACAGCAGUGAGCAUGAGACACAUGAGCCUGUCAGUGCCAAC